AUGGUGAAGUCGAAGUUACUGUCGCUUGAUGCGUUUGCGAAGACCGAGGAGGACGUGCGUGUGCGCACGCGGGCCGGUGGGCUGAUCACGCUGGGAUGCGUCGUGGUAACGCUGCUGUUGUUGGUCAGCGAGUGGCGACGUCUGUGGGAAGUGGAGAAGCGGCCGCAGGUGGUGCUGGACAGGGACCGGCAGCAGAAGCUGGAGCUGCGGCUCGAUAUCACGUUCUCGCAGAUGCCGUGCGAGCUACUGAACCUGGAUAUCAUAGACGACACAGGCGAAGCACAGCUGAACUUGUUGGAGGAGGGAUUCACGAAAACACGGCUGGACAAACACGGACGGACGCUGGGGAAGGAGGAAUUCCGAGUGGGCGAGACGUUGCCGUCUACAGACGACCAAGACUACUGUGGGCCGUGCUAUGGCGCACGCGACCAGGACCAGAACGAGAACCUGCCGCGCAGCGAGCGCGUGUGCUGUCAGACGUGCGGGGAGGUGCGCGCGGCGUACGCAGAGAUGAACUGGGCCACUUUCGAUGGCAAAGGCUUUGAGCAGUGCAAGCGCGAGGGCUACACGGAGCGCCUGCAGGAGCAGAUCAACGAGGGAUGCCGCGUCGCUGGCACCGCGCAGCUCAACCGCGUUCACGGGAACAUUCACUUCGCCCCGGGCUCUGCGCACGUUGGCAAGGGCCACGCCCACGACGAUUCCUUCUACAAGGAACACCCCCAUCUCUCCUUCAACCACGUGAUCCAUAGUCUCUCCUUUGGGCCCGAAAUUGCCGGCAACCCCGGGCCGCUCAAUGGCCGCGCCAUGGAGGUUCCGAACGGCCAUAGCCACUUCUUUUCCUACUUUGCGAAGGUCGUGCCCAUCCGCUACGAGACGCUUGCCGGCACCAUCACCGAGUCCGCCGAGUUUUCCGUGACCGCCCACGACCGCCCAGUCCACGGUGGACGCGAUGCAGAUCACCCGAACACCGUGCAUUUCCGUGGCGGCAUGGCGGGCAUGACCAUCAAUUUUGAAAUGUCUCCACUCAAAGUGAUCCAGCGCGAGCAGUAUGCUUCUACCUGGACUGCCUUUGUGCUGAACGCUAUAACUAGCAUUGGGGGUGUCCUAGCCGUUGGUACUGUCUUGGAUCGCGUCACCUACCACACGCAGCGUACUCUUAUGGGCAAGAAGACUCUUUAG